CGACCGACAAAUGAAACCAACUGUUUCAAUGAUAUCAUAAAGCUAUAAAGGCAGACCCUGCAUCGCCCCGAGUCACAGGACUUCUAACUGCCUUUCGCUCACGACGCGUUUUGCUUAGCCUCUGACCGCUUACGAUAACCACCAUGAUGAAAUCUGUCGGUGUUGUCCUCCUCAUAGCAACCUUUGCCUACUCCGGCGUUGAAGGUAUCUACCGCUACAACAGUGCGUGUGGAAAAGCCGUCUACAAGAAAUUGACCAGCAACGACGUGUAUUCAGCCACCAGAACCUGCGUCUCUGAUCCAGAGGGAAAAGCCGCCUUGACUGCCAUCGGACGUUACGGCUGCGGGAGCUACGACUUCAUUGUCGGCCCUCUCAAGUGCGAAGUUGGCGCAGCUCCCUACAUGAAAUGUGUAGCGAGAAAACUUGGUUACUUGAACGCUGAUGGCUCCAUCAACAACUCAAAGAUCUUAGCCCAGUACAAGACUUACGCCACCAGCGCCCCCAAGUGCAGCGUUGCUCAGUACGACUUCGCUGUGAAUAAAUGUGGCACUACCAUCAACAACUACGCGUUCCUGGCGAAGGUCGCAUGCAUCGCCGGGGCGGCGGAUCAGUACACUGGCUGACCUGCACAAUCUGGUCCUCAUUCCUUCAUCUGACUGGUGGCGUUGAAGUGUUUACAACAGGUGCACAAUAAUAAUUUGGGGACCACUUUCUCCAGUCAAUGCGUCCAUGUGCAGUAGAAAUGGUCUAAUCGGAAGUUCAUUGUAAUUUGUGAAACACAAAAUUAAAUAAAAUCCUGCUUGAAAUCAUGUUAACAAUUAUUAUUACAUUCAAAAGUGAAGCAUUUGAAGCCUGAAGAAGUGAAACAUUUCGCUUUGUACAAAUAUAUUUUGUGUCCAGAAAUUUAUAUUUGAUGCACUUGAAAUUAUUAGAAUUCGACAAGUUUUAUCUCUCCUGACAGGUUGAAAAGGUUUGUGAAUACUCCAGCAAUGGAACUUUUACACAGUUUGGGUGGAAUAAUUUACAAUACAUUAUUCGCUUGAA